AUGGAUCAAGACGAAGAAGAAUUAUCAGCAACACCACCACAAUCAUCAAGAUCUGAAAGUGAAGGUCCAUCAGAUGCACCGGAAAGCGUCAUUGAAACGAUAGAGCCUGUUGUUAUUUUGGCAGCUCCUAUUCAGCAGCUCCCAGCUAUUUCACUUUCCGGAAACAAUGCACAGCGAACACUUUGGAUUGGAGAUGUUCCUACUGAUUGGUCUGAAGACACGUUGAAGCAAGUUUUCACUGAAAGCAACCACCCGCCAUAUAAAGUGAAGCGAGUCUAUGUCAAGGACGAGCUGAAAGGAUAUUGCUUCAUCGAGUUUGUAACAUUCGAAGAAGCUCGCCAAGCCUUGUUCGAUCUGAAUGGAAAGAGAAUUACCGGUUUCAAAGAUAUUCGCUUCAAUUUGUGUUUUGCGAACGAUAGUUACAAUCCAAACUCGGAAUUCAAUCUCCACGUAUCAAGUGUUCCUGAAGAAAUGUCAGAUGCCGAAUUAUACCGGAUUUUCGACAAAUAUCAUUCUUGCCGCGGAGCAAAAAUGUUUCGAUACAUCGAUGGAGCUUCCAAAGGCUCCGGAUUCGUUCGUUUCGGUAAUCAAACCGAUCAACAAAUGGCGUUAGUGGAGAUGCAUCGAACACGAGUUGGAAACAAAAGAAUUAUCUUGAAACUGGCUGGUUCUCGCGGUGAAAAGCUUGAUCGAAACGAGCCUAGCUCAUAUAGAUCUCAAAGAAAUGAACGGCAUCGUCCCGAAAAAUCACAUCGAAACGGAACAUUAAUACCAACUGCACAGCACGUGUACGAUGCUUUUGGAAACCCAGUUGUUGUUCCAGUUGACAAAAAUAUCUACGGAACUGACCAUCCAUGGGGACCGUUUCCCGAUGAUCCGGAUCUCGAUCCCAUUAUUGGACUUGAUCUUCUGACCACCAAAUAUCGCCCUCAAAUUUCCAACAAACGACUGAUGAUUGACACCGAUCAGUUCAUGUUGGACUUGGAAUCAAGCCGGUGGAGCUCAAUCGCUUUUAAGACAAACAUCAAGCAGGAAGAUCUUGAAAAGAGACUAGCUGAUAAUCCAUGGACGGCCAUUCCAUAA